AUGUCGUUCAACGCAACUGCCUUUGGAGACUAUUGCGCCUCCGCCGUGGAGGACCAGUCCACUGAUGUUGCUGCCUUGUGCCAAGUUUACAAUUUGGCCACUGAUGGUACUAAUGCUGCCGGAGACCUCUCUGACGGUUUGAAUACCUUCUUCCUCCUUUUCUCUGGAGCCCUCGUCUUCCUCAUGCAAGCUGGUUUCGCCAUGCUUUGUGCUGGAUCCGUCCGUCAAAAGAACGUCAAGAAUAUCAUGCUUAAGAACUUGUUGGAUGCUUGUGGAGGUGCCAUUGGUUUCUACACCAUCGGUUACGCCUUUGCCUAUGCUGACAACGCCUCUGACAGCAAGACUUUCAUCGGAAACAAGAACUUCCUCCUUCUCUCUUUCGACGGAUCUGGAGGUGAAUGGAUCGGAUGGUUCUUCCAAUUUGCUUUCGCCGCCACUGCCGCAACCAUUGUUGCCGGUACCGUUGCCGAAAGAUGCAAGAUGCAAGCCUACUUGUGCUACUCUGUCUUCCUUACCGGAUUCGUCUACCCCGUUGUUGUCCACUCCAUCUGGUCUGGUGACGGUUGGAUCACUGCCUUCCGUGACGAUCCAUGGCAAGGAGUUGGUGUUGUUGACUUCGCCGGAUCUGGUGUUGUUCACAUGACCGGAGGAGCUACUGCCCUUGUUGCCGCCAUCAUCCUUGGACCACGUAAGGGACGCUUUUACGAUGAGGAUGGAAACCCUCUCGAGACGCCUGUAAGUUUCCCAGCCCACAGUGUCGCUCUCCAAAUCCUUGGAACCUUCAUUUUGUGGUUCGGAUGGUUCGGAUUCAACCCUGGAUCCGCUCUUGCCAUUGACAACUCUGUAUCUGCCGAGACUGCCGCCCUUUGUGCCGUCACCACCACCCUUGCCGCCGCCUGUGGAUGUGUUACUUCCAUGUUCACUGAUACCAUGAUCGAGAAGUCUGCCACCGGAGAGGUCUCUUACGACUUGACCGCCGCCAUGAACGGUGCUCUUGGAGGUCUUGUUGCCAUCACUGCCGGAUGCUCUGUUGUCACCCCAUGGGCCGCCUGUAUCAUUGGAAUCAUCGGAGGAUGGGUCUACCUUGGUUUCUCCAAGUUCUUGAUCAAGAUGAAGAUUGAUGAUGCCGUCGAUGCUAUCCCCGUUCACUUCGCAAACGGAAUGUGGGGUGUUCUUGCUGUUGGUUUCUUUGCUGACCCCGACCUCAUGGCCAUUGCCGGAUACAACGACUUCCCAGGAGUCUUCUACGGAGGAAGUGGUGAACUUCUUCUCUGUAACUUCGUUUCCAUUGUGUGGAUCUGCGCAUGGGUCUUCUUCUUGAUGACUCCUUUCUUUGUCAUUCUCAAUGUGAUGGGAAUGUUCCGUGUCGAUCCUCUUGAGGAAGAAGUUGGUCUUGAUAUUUCUCAUCACCGUGGACCAGGAUACGAUAUGGCUGGCGCCAAGAAGGAGGAUGUUGAGGAACUCAUGGAAGUCCGUGCCUCCAAGCACGGAAAGGUUGAGGUCCCUAAGGAGGUUGCCCAAGCCGCCGAGGACACAGCGUAA